GCAAAGUGUACAAAGGUGAAGUGCUGACGUCAGACGGCCAGCCUCUGCUGGUGGCGAUCAAGACGCUGAAAGAGAACGCGACGGCGAAGACAGUGAACGACUUCCGUCGCGAGGUCGACUGGAUGUCGGAGUUGCGUCACCCGAACAUCGUCUGCCUGCUGGGCGUGUGUCUGGCGGGCGAGCCGCUCUGCAUGCUGUUCGAGUUUAUGGUCAAGGGAGACCUGCACGAGUUCCUCAUGGCGCACUCGCCAAGGUGCGACGUGUCCUCGUCGCAUGGCCUCGUCGAUGGCCCGCCGCUCGACCAGGCCGAUUUCAUGCAUAUUGCUGUGCAGGUUGCUGCUGGUAUGGAAUACCUGUGCAGUCACCACUAUGUGCAUAGAGACCUAGCUGCCAGGAAUUGCCUGGUGGGGGACAAGCUCACUGUUAAAAUAUCCGACUUUGGAUUGUCAAGAGAUAUAUAUUCUUCUGAUUACUAUAGGGUACAAUCUAAGUCAUUACUUCCUGUACGGUGGAUGCCUCCUGAAUCCAUACUCUAUGGAAAGUUCACAACCGAGUCAGAUGUGUGGAGCUAUGGUGUCGUAUUGUGGGAAAUCUAUAGCUAUGGACUCCAGCCAUACUACGGCUACAGCAACCAGGAGGUGAUCGACAUGAUCCGGUCGAGGCAACUGCUGCCCUGCCCUGAGGACUGCCCCUCGCGCAUGUACUCUGUCAUGAUGGAGUGCUGGCAUGAGGUGCCCAUUCGCCGGCCACACUUCCCCGAAAUACAUGCCAGACUGCGACAGUGGAUGGGCAGUCAUCAGCAGCCUAUGGGUGGUGGCAUCAGUGGAAGCAGUGGUACCAACUCAACCCAGCUAUCACACCCCUCACCCCACCAGUUGGUGGUCAGGCUGCCACCCUACAACAAGCUCAAUGCUGCCAACAUAUGAGAAUCACCUGACGAGGCUGUCCUGCUCUGGCUCU